AUGACAAUUACCUCGAGGGGGGCUCAGAUGAUAUGUAUCGUCUCGGUGUUGGUCGGUCUGUCCCUUAUAUCAGUUAUCGUGCGAGUCUUCGCCCGAAUGAAACGAAGCAUUGGAUUGGGCAUGGACGACUACCUCUGCUUUCUUUCAAUGGGUCUUUUAAUUGCUAUGCUCAUUGAAUUAGUGCUAUGGGUCAUUAUCGGAGGCAAUGGAGCCCAUAUGGCAGACCUAGAUAAGACAACAUUGAUGAACUUCUCAAAGAUAUUCCUUGCAAACCAGUUCACAUACUUCGUACUCUGCCCCGCCAUCAAAAUCUCCAUCAUAUGCUUCUACCGUCGAAUUUUCACCAUGAAGACCUUCCAAUGGGUAUCAUUCGCACUCAACACCCUAAUCGCCGCCUGGGGAGCCGGUAUCUUCCUCGCCUGCGCCCUACAAUGUCGCCCAUUGAGGGGCUACUGGGAUAAGAGCAUCGACGGCCACUGCUUCGACGGGAACAAGUUCUUCAUCGUCAACCAAGCCUUCAACGUUCUGAUGGACUUCGUAAUCCUAUUCCUACCGAUCCCCAUGAUCUGGGGCCUCCAGCGCGCAUGGCAGGACAAACUCGCCCUGAACGGCGUCUUCGCCAUCGGUGGCUUCGUCUGCUUCGCCAGUAUCUACCGCAUCGUCGUCCUCUUCUGGAUCAAACCAGAAGAUACCACCUACACCGUCUACCAGGCGGCUCUCUGGACCCAUAUCGAGCCCGCGGUCGGCCUGAUCUGCUCCUGUCUCCCCGUCAUCCGUGGCCUGUUCCCGAGAUUCAAGAUCCCCGGCAGUCGUCGCUAUGCUACCGCGCCGUACUAUAUCAAUACCGAUAUCAGCACCUCCAAUUUCGCCAUGUCUAGUCCUAAGUCGCCGGCCUCCGCGUACUUUAAGAUGAUGGAGGAGGGUACAAUAUCCCGUACUACGAGCGAUUCCAAUGUCCCCGUUGAUAAGAAUUAUCUGAUUCCUAUGGGGAUUGCGGUUCGCACGGAUUUCACUGUGAGCAAGGACUCGGCUUCUGUGAAGUCUCACUCUUAA